GCGGGCGCGCGGUCCCCGCGGCUAUGAAGUGGCCCCCGGGGGCCCGGAGCCCGAGAGUCCCCGGGGAGGGAGCCGCGCGCCGCCCAGGGCAGCAGUCUAGGGGGGCCGGGGCGUAGGGGCCUUCGCCCGCGAUGCACCGCACCAGAGACGCUCCGGACUCGUCGCCGCAGGUGUCCACCCCCCAGAGUUCCUGACCCCCGCCUCUGGACAGCAACCCCCUCUCGGACUCCAGUUGGGCCGGACUCUCCAAACCUGCUUCCGCAAUGGGUAAUGAGGAGCCGUGGGUGCAGCCAGCCUUGGAGAUGCCGAAGAGACGGGACAUCCUAGCGAUCGUCCUCAUCGUGCUGCCCUGGACUCUGCUCAUCACCGUCUGGCACCAGAGCACCCUCGCACCCCUGCUCGCGGUACAUAAGGAUGAGGGCAGUGACCCCCGACGCGAAGCGCCGCCCGGCGCCGACCCCAGGGAGUACUGCAUGUCCGACCGCGACAUCGUGGAGGUGGUGCGCACCGAGUACGUGUACACGCGGCCCCCGCCAUGGUCCGACACGCUGCCCACCAUCCACGUGGUGACGCCCACCUACAGCCGCCCGGUGCAGAAGGCGGAGCUCACGCGCAUGGCCAACACGCUGCUGCACGUGCCCAACCUCCACUGGCUGGUGGUGGAGGAUGCGCCGCGCCGGACGCCGCUGACCGCGCGCCUGCUGCGCGACACCGGCCUCAACUACACGCACCUGCACGUGGAGACGCCCCGCAACUACAAGCUGCGCGGAGACGCCCGCGACCCGCGCAUCCCGCGGGGCACCAUGCAGCGCAACCUGGCCCUGCGCUGGCUGCGCGAGACCUUCCCGCGCAACUCCAGCCAGCCUGGCGUGGUCUACUUCGCCGACGACGACAACACCUACAGCCUGGAGCUCUUCGAAGAGAUGCGCAGCACCAGGAGGGUGUCCGUGUGGCCCGUCGCCUUUGUGGGUGGCCUGCGGUACGAGGCCCCACGGGUGAACGGGGCAGGGAAGGUGGUCGGCUGGAAGACGGUGUUUGACCCCCACCGGCCAUUUGCAAUAGACAUGGCUGGAUUUGCCAUCAACCUGCGGCUCAUUCUGCAGCGAAGCCAGGCCUACUUCAAGCUGCGAGGUGUGAAGGGAGGCUACCAGGAAAGCAGCCUCCUUCGCGAACUUGUCACCCUCAAUGACCUGGAGCCCAAGGCAGCAAACUGCACCAAGAUCCUGGUGUGGCACACACGGACAGAGAAGCCAGUGCUGGUGAAUGAGGGCAAGAAGGGCUUCACUGACCCCUCGGUGGAGAUCUGAGCCUCAGGAUGCAGCUGGGUCCUUCUGCCACCAGACUCUUCAGAGGGCAUCACCUUCCAAACACCUUGCUGAUUUUUCUGCUGGCAGUGACGCCUGCACCCCACAAGGCACUGUCAUUCAGACUCUCGCUGGCCAGGGUCUGUCCCCCGAAGUCUGCCUCUUCCCCUGUGGAUUCCUUCACCACGUGGCCGUGGCAAGGACUCACAGACUCGCUGCUCCACAGCAAUGAGCCCACGGCUGUCAUAGUGAGAGGUAGCGCAGAGUGACAGCACAGACCCAGAGCCCACCUCAGCUCCCAGGACCCCUGCUCUUCACUGUUUGACCUGACUUGACUUUUCUGGGCCUCAGUUUCUUCGUCUGUGAAGUAGGUUGCUGAGAGCACCUAGAACAGUUCAUGGCACUUAAAUCUCAUCAGUGUGGCUAUUUUUAUUCAAGCCUUUAAAGCCCUCUCUGGAAGUAGGCCACAGGAUCCACCUACACUUCAGAGGCAAAGAAAUGAUGUUGAGAGAAGCUAAAUGAAUGUUCCAAGGUGACACACUGGCAUGAGUGAAUUGUGCUGGGUGGUUGGCAAAGCCAGGCAUUUUCAGGGGCUUUUCUGUGAUCUUAUCCUGUCUCUUAAAAGCAGCUGGUACUCCUGACUCCCUACUCUAGGUUAUGCCAAACAGAGGUUGAGGCCUGAGACAGACAUUUGUCCUCUUGCCCUGGAGCUAAGCAACAGCUUCUGUAUCGUGUUUGCAUCCCCCUGCCUACAGGGGACCACAGGGUGUCCCUCAAUCGCCUUGCCCAGCGCCACUUAGAAUGCAUCUGUACCGAGCCUCACCUCUGCCUCCUGCCCUCACUGCCCUCACUGGAAGCACCUUCCCCACGUGCCCCUCAGAAAGGCCCCCACAGGACCUGGGGGCCUGGGCUUUGCAGAGGUCCUGGUGGCCCUGCCUGGCCGUUCCCUCCCUGGCCCAACCCUCAGCCGACACCUCACUCAUUCCUCCUCUCCCCUCACAGGAGCCUCCUCCUCAGACCCUGUUCUUGGCCUUCCAUCCUCUCCCCACAGCUGACGGUCCCUCCAAGGCCAACUCCUAAGGAAUCACCAUCACCCUCCUUUCUAUUCUGGGGGCUUCUGAGAGAGCCCAGCCUGAUGCCAGAACAAAGGACAGAGAAUUUAAGCACAGAAAUCCCAGACCUGUUGUUCUCUCCAUCCAGCGUGACCAGGGCCCGAGAGACCUGAUGGCCAGGGUGGGGUGUCCAGCACCAGCCAAGCCGGUGCUCCAGCGCGCCUCCCCAGAGCUGCCCACUCUGAUGGGGCUGCAGGAGCAGGUGCAGUGGGCACCCACACCGGCCCUGCAGUAAUGCAGGGCGGGAGGGAGAUAAGAAGACCCUACAGUCAAGUGGAGCAUGGCCCUCCCUGGCUCCCUGUCCCUGGGCUCAGCACGACCACACAGGACACCCAGCCAGGGAAUUCUGAAGACCAGAGAGCAGCCCACGGGCAUCACGAGCACUCUGCUCCUCUCCUGGGCCCCUGCUCUUCCCGAGAGCUGCCCCCAAAUCAGACAUACCUCUGUGGGUCUCCUCUGGUUCGUGUUUACAGAGCAUAAGGCUGUCUUUGAUCCCAACAGGCACCCAGCCCUGCAUGGGGGCAGCCUGGGCCUAAUAGGCACCCCCUGUACCUCAGGCUGUGGCGGGAACAGAGUCCCCUCCUCCGGCCCCUCUUCCUUUACCCCUUCUCCUCCAGCAAUGGCAAAGGGGUGGCCUCUAGAGCCAGCACAGGUCACUGCCUCACCUGGACUAAGAACCCCACCGUCCACAGACUGCCUCCCCACCGCCCACGUCGGCUGCUAGGGCCCUAGCCUGGACUGGACUGGGGAGGGGAAGCGCCUUUUCCUGCAGCUCGUCAGAGCCACAGACCUCAGGGUGGAGUGAGCCCAUGGUGGGCAGUGGGCAAGGUGGGACCUCCUGCAGCCUGGAAAGAGGAGGGAGACCAAGGCCAUUCCCUCCCUCCUGUCCCUGGUCUGAGGAGGAGAGGCUCUGGAGUAGCAGAGGGGCUGGGGAAAAGGGGGCAGGGGCUGGUGGGACACUGAGCAGGAAGGAGGCCUGAGCACACUGCUUUGGAAAUUAUUCUAAACACAAAAAAGGGAAAGAAAAUGUUACUUCUCCCUAAGUCAGGAGCAUGCAAAGCUAGCCCACCUCAUGUCCAGCUGUCCACUUUCCAUCCUGGAGAAAGAACAGUGUGCCUCAAACUACUGCCCUCCCCAGGCCUCCCGGGCCCACUAGAAAGGGCUCUGACUCCCCCUGGCCCGGCCGGGCUCUCUACUGGUGAUCUGGCUCGUUCUCCUGCAAGUUGGAAGCACAAUUUUCCCCCCAGGUGGAGGAAAAGGAAAGGGCCCCAGCCUACUGAAGAGGUGUUUAUUUUUUAACUAACAGCCCCCCACCCCGUUAAGACUCACCAGGACAGGUCUGAGGGCCAUUCAGAACCCACUCCUGAGUGGGUGGGCGGGUGGGACUCAGUCCAGAGACCUAACGUUCAGAAUAUAGCAUUGGUUGCCUAUUUUGAGAUGGAUUUAAUCUCCCACAGUAUUCAUGAGACCAUCUGAUGUAAUCAGAUCCCUGAGCCACCUUGCAGGACGUUUUCCCCAACCUCUUACACCCUGGAUGUCACUUUGGAAACCAAGCUCUUGGAAGCAAGUGGGGUGGCAUGGGAGAGAAGGGAGGAGGUGAGCACAGGUGGUGAACUUAUGUGUGGGUACUCUACUGCCUCACAGAAGCCAGCUGAGUGCCAAGGUCAGCUUGGCUGGUCUGAGGCCACCUUCUUAGCCAAAAACCCAGGGUUCAUUUUCAGGACAUUGAUAAUGAACAACAAAAUGGGGACUUCUUUGGGCAGAUGCUAGGUCAGUUGUUUUCACCUAAUAUCCUCUUUUAGCUGCAUGUAUAUUUAUUUAUAAUUGUAACCCUGGUAGACUGCAGCCUUCAUCUUUGUUGGGAAUGAGUUUGUUACAAAUCAGAAAUGGGUCCAUGAUGACGACUGUUUUCCAAACCCAGUCUGUUCCCUGCUCCCUCGCUGGCAAGCCCCACCACACAGGAGUGAGGCCAGGGGCUAGGAGUUCCAAGAACAGAGGCUGGGGUGAGGGUGGCACCCAGGCAGCUGCAUCUGGUCUGUUUUAAUUUAACUGUAUUUAAUUUGCUUUCAAAAUUAAAAGUCAAAUACAGUUUUUAACAGUCCUAA